ACGAUCGAAGAGGCGAAAAAGAGAGGGUGAAACGAGCGAGACGAGCGACGCCAAUGGCUGGAGGGACAAAGAUAAAAAGAACGUUAGGGGUCGAGGGAAAAGGGCAACAGAUGUCCUUCCGUAUGACGCAUGACUCGUUUGGCCCUUGGCGAGAUAGUACAGUUUGCGUCUCUCUACCCUGCGGAAGUAUCGUACGUCACGGAAACGAAGCUAACCCCAUCGUCAGAAGGAACGUUCCGUUAAAAGCCGGUUUUCCUAGGAUGUUUGGUCUGAAAAUCUCGAGGGAAAUAUGAACGAUUUGAUCAAUUUGCGUUGAAGCAAGAGAGAGAGAGAGAGAGAGAGAGAGAGAGAGAGAGAGAGAGAGAGAGAGAGAAAUGUGCGAAAUGGUAAAGGGCCAGCGCAGGACGUUUCGUGACCAGGACCCUCCACGAAUAUGCAAUGACAGUAACGAAAAUUUAAAAAGCGAGCUCGAGUUUUGUGAAUCGGCUCCGACCUUGCCGACGAUCCUUCAUAGAGCGUCCAGCAUCGAAAAGUGCAUCGGCGAAUCCAAGUACCAUGAGAAGGACAAACAAAACAAGAAAAGAGAAAAGGUAUGCUCGAUCAAACAGGAUAGUGCUUAUUCGGAUUCCGUUGAAGACUCGGCCGAUAAUGUCAGGAUAUCGAAUGAACAGAUAGACUCUCCAAAUCAGACAAACUCGGAGGACUUCAUCAAGGAACUUUCUGACAAAGUGCCUUCUAACAGCCAUCAUCACGACGAUGAGGUGAUCGGUAACGGACUGAGGACCGACGCGGGCAGCUGCGACGAUUUAACAAACGGAAAGAACAUGGCACCGGUGUUGGGUGUACCACCCCCUCCUCCACCUGCCCCUCACAUGGGACCAGACGGCUUAAUCUUGCCGAGGAAACCGUUCAACCCUUGCCUCAUCUCCAGCAAUCACAAGGACCUUCGCAGGGAAUUAUUAUUCAAUCAGAAAGUCGGCAGGAACGUGCUGAAUCAGAAGAGCGAGCUCCAACGGGCACUCGAGAAGCAGAGGGAGGCUGCCUCCAGGAGAGAGGCUGAAAGGAAUCGGGAAGAGAGUUAUAAAGACGAUCCGAGAACCGCUUUGCAAAGGGCCAUCGAGCAAAGGGCGAAGCAUAUCGAGAUGGCAUUGGAACAGUCGCAAACGACGACGGAGGCACCGAACAACCUUUUGGUGACAGCAAGAGCGAAGUUGAAACCGCGCACAGAUUCGCAAUGAAGUUACGUAAAAUGAGAGAGAGAGGGAGAGAGAGAGAGAUAGAGAAGGACGAAAAGAAACGCAAGGAGAGACGCAAAGAGAAAAGUCAAUCGUGAAACGUGACACGUGCAUUGUCGCACGGUCAACGAACAAAUUGCGUUGCACCGCUGGCUCUCGUCACAUUCUGUAUCUCGACCAUGUACAUAUAUGUUUAAUUCGAUGAGAAUUCGUUGAAAAUGAACUAGGAUGGCGAGGAUCGUCAUUAAAGUAGCGAAAUAACGCAAGUCAAAUCACGCAAAACCGAAAAGAUGAGGGAAAAUAGAUAUCGACCGAUAUGCGUAUUUGUUGACUCGAAAUGGUAUUCACUUGUGCGUCUUUCGUGCUAAAAGUAGAUAAUUGCCUUAUACUCUUCCAAAGUUCUCAGAGAGCGCGGUUGCGCACACUGGGCGAUUCAUUUCGUCUUCUAAGCGACGAGUAGUCUAAUUAGAUAGUACAGUUGUAACCAUUGUUAUCCACAUCUAUGGAAACCACGUGAAUCGAAGCGAUACAUACGUAAGCGAUAUAUGUAUUCGCGCGCAUAAGUCGAGCCAAGUCUUUUUAAACGAUGAAUCUAGGGGAUUGUUGACUCAGAUGUCGUGUAAAACCGAUAAUUCGUUUGUCAAGAUCGUGUAUCUGUAGCUCUCGAUCGACGUGUAACUUGCCUACGUGUGUCAGCGAUGCGGUAUGAUGCGUCUAACUUCGCCUAGUUAUCCGAGACGUGAGGUAUCGAGGUUUGCAACAAAUUGGCCUUCACAGAGCGCCUUGACGAGAAAAUAGUUUACUCGGUGUCCGCGUUCGAUACUUUGUUACGUGCUCGAGAUAUUUCAGAGCCGUCUCAUCUAAGGACUACCUAUCGUUAGAAUAAUUAAGAGACCAGUCAUAAAUAGUAUGAAUAGAUACGAAUAGACGAGAAUUUAAAAGAAAAUAAGUAUAAGUGCGCAACACGUUAGCUUAUUAUAUCGUGCCUGAAUUUAUAUCAAGAUCAGACCUGAAUACGAAGUACACAGAAAUAGCGUUCUACCGCAAUAGAAUUGGAAUAGUAGAAUAUCAAUACCCUGGGACCAUUGUACACUUGUAAUGACUGCUAGCAGUUAAAUGAAAAAAAGAAUCCGAUAUAGGUUGAUAUAGCAGCAUUUAUUAAACUUCGGUGUUUAUAGUUCAGAAAAGGAAUGAAAUAUAUACUGUUGCACUAUACUGUUUCAAUCGAUGAUCAACCGUAGGAACGUGAUCGUUCGUUCGAAUUUAGCAAGUUUUCUAUUGAUACAACAUGUGUAUUACAGGACAUUUUCUAUUGUUUCGGAAAUUGAGUAAAGGUAACCGUGAUAAAUUUGAAAAUAGUUGUAAUGUAAAAUUCUACGAAACAAUAAAGAAACUCGUUAGUAAGUU